AUGUCGGCUCCGGAAUUCGAAGACUACUAUUACGGUUUGCCCGGUCGUCCCAAGUUGCUUGCACGAAGCAAUACCUCUCCUUGGACCUUGCCUCAAAUUAAUGGUAAGGCUGUCCGCAAGUCUUCUUGGCCGAUCGGGCGACAUCCGAUCGAGAACAAACUAGAAGAAGGGCUACGCUCCGACAUCAUGGACAUCCUUUCCACGAUGAAUCCCAAAAAAUGGAUUUCGGUGGAUUGCUUGCGACUAGGAUACAAUAGAGAGAUGGUGUCAAAGAACCCAGUCGUCAUCUUGAUUACCGUCGAGGAAGAUCAGGUGUCUCCUGACGAAGCGCGUCGCAUCGUUGGUUUGAUCCAUCAGCAGUGUACAUUGGUUAAAUUACAAGAUGUAGAGGUCGAGAUUAUGGAGGGUCGACGGCGUGAAGAGGUCGAGAUUAUGGAGGGUCGAGGGUGUCGACGAAGGGGUUCAAGGGAAACAGAGUAUUGAGGAACGGUGUCAGGUGACGCACUCCGGGUUAAGUGCGACACGCAUGUAACUAUCCAAAUUCCCCGACUCAGU